AUGUUAUAUACAAACGUCGGACGAGCUGUUGUGGGCAAGGAUUAUUAUAAGGGUUUAGAAGAUGUUAUUCGCAUCCAAGGUUAUUGUGAAGAAUUUACUGAAGAAGAGAAAUACGACUUUCGCGGUGCCCAAAUCUCGUUAGACUAUGGUGAAAAAUGUAAGAGACUCCACGCCAUAAUAUUGGACAUGCUUGCAUUUGCCCAAAGUAUUCGUGGGGCCCGUGUUGUGAAUAUACUUGUAGCUGCAAAAGACAUCCAGGGUGUAGACACUGAUUUGUUCAGUGUUAUGGAGGGUUUGAGAAGAAGAGGUCGCAAGGUUUCCUUUGUGGUGCCUGAUGACGCCUCAGAAUCGGAUUUUCCACCUAGAGAUUCUGCAAGCUUAGUGUGGCGUUGGACAUCUCUGUUUGAUGGAGAUUCCCCUACCGUGAUCAACACGGAUCUAGUGGGAACUUCACAAGGUCCCAAGAAUCGUCGGAAGGGUGUCCGGAAGGAACUUCCAAAAAGAGUUAAGGACCCUUUUUGGUAG